AUGGAGCCCCUCACUGGACAGUUCCAGGGAGGACUUCGGGGCAUUGUUCCUGGCUGUGCACCACAGCUUGGUUCUCUGGCCCUCCCGGAGAUGCUGGGAGCCACCAAUAUCCUUUAUAACAAUUCCAAUUAUGCUCAGAGCAGCCAGAAUCGGAUUCUGUUCCUUGCCACUAAGAACUUUAACAGGGGGAGCACGUUAACACUGGAGACCCGCAAGAACAGAAGCACGCAAGGAAAAUCCGACAGUGCCAUACAAGAGUCCGUGAGUAAACAGCUCAUCCGAGGAACCAUGCGGUCUAUCCUGCUCACCCUCUUCCUCCUUCAUGCCUGCCCCCCUGGAGGAGCCGGCGACCUCCAUGAGGACCUGACGUUGCUGAGGACGGAGCUUGCGCUUCGCCUCUACCGGAGCGUGGCCGCGGCCAGCAACCGGACCAACCUGGCCCUCUCGCCUGCCGGCGCGUUCAUCCCUCUGGAGCUCCUGCAGUUCGGAGCCCAGGGAAACACCGGCCGGCAGCUGGCCCAGGCCCUGGGCUACACCGUCCACGACCCAAGGGUCAGAGAGUGGCUGCGUGCUGUUUAUGCCAGGCUACCCAGCACCAGCCCGGGCGCCAAGCUGGAGCUGGCCUGCACCCUCUACGUGCAAACGGGGACACCACUCGCCCCCCACUUCGUGGAGCAGGUCUCCCGGUGGGCCAACAGCAGCCUGGAGCUGGCCAACCUCAGAGAGCCCAACGGCACCACCAUCCUGGCCAACGGAUGGGCCCCCAGGCAGACCGCAGGUGAGGGUCCCAGGGGCCCCACACGGGAGCUCGGCGGCGGCGCGGAGUGUGCGCAGUUGGUGCUGGUGAGCACCGUGUCCUUCCAGAGCGCCUGGCGGCACCCAUUCUCCUUCUCGGACACUCAGCUCCUGCUUUUCACCUGUGCCCAGGGCGUCGUCCUCCAGGUCCCCAUGAUGUACCAGAUGGCCGAGGUCAACUACGGCCAGUUCCAGGACCCUGCAGGCCAUCAGGUGGGGGUGCUGGAGCUGCCGUACCUGGGAAACUUGGCCAGUCUGCUACUGGUGCUGCCGCAAGACAGAGACACCCCACUGAGCCACAUCGAGCCCCACCUCACAGCCAGCAUCCUUCACAUCUGGACCUCCAGCCUGAAGAGAACCAGGAUGGAGGUGUUCCUGCCCAGAUUUAAGAUCCAAAAUCACUUCAACUUGAAAAACAUUUUAUAUUCCUGGGGAGUCACGGAUCUUUUCGACCCGCUCAAAGCUAACUUGAAAGGAGUUUCAGGCCAAGAUGGCGUUUAUGUUUCUGAAGCGAUCCACAAAGCCCAGGUUGAGGUUUCAGAGGAAGGCACCAAGGCAUCUGCAGCUACAGCUUUGUUGUUACUGAAAAGGUCUCGGAUUCCUAUUUUUAAAGCAGAUCGGCCAUUCAUCUUUUUCCUGAGAGAACCCAACACAGCAUUUGUCUUCAGUAUUGGGAGAGUUUCAAAUCCCCUAAACUGAAUCACCAGAUCUCAAGCAUGUUCUCCACUUUCAUCUAUGCUUUUCUUCAUAUAAAGUUACAACUUCAUUUUGCUAUACCCUUGAAAUUUUAAAAAUGUUCUGCUAAAGUGUAAAAAGAUAAGGGUAUGUGAUUUGCAAAUACUAUGAACCUAAAAAUACUUCAGUUUUCCCUUAAUUUUAUAAAUUUA